UCUUGUUUGAAGUUUUAUCCUUAUUUGGUAGUCUUCUUUAACCCCUUUAUAGUUCAAAAUUGAGUCUUUAUUGUUAGAAGAGUUAUUGGUUCAUUCUUUUCAUUUAUUGUUUGAUUGGUUAGAAAUUUGUAAAUAAGUUACUAGCUUGUUUGACCUUUCACCCCUUUUAUCUGUAAGGCUUGAAUUGAACUGUAUUCUUGCCUGGAAAAAAAAUUGGAGACUUUUUUCAUGAUAUCUACUGAUUUAAUUUUAAGUUUGUAUGCUAAGUGCAUGAUUUUUGGACAGGAAAUUUGAGAAAAUAGAGCUGUUUUAAAUUGCUUUUGGGUGUCUUGGUGUUGAAUUAAACUCCUUUUGAUAUUUUCUUAGACUUUGAUGCUAUUCUUUGAUUUGCUGAGUUCUAAGUUGGGCGGACUCUUCACUUUCGAUGCCGCACCCAUGUCGGAUUCUCCAAAAAUACACUACUUUGGAGAAUCCCACGUGCACCCGUUGACAUUUUUAAAGAGUUCGAGCAGCAUAGGCUGAGUUUGAAUCCAAGGGAAGGUCAACUCUUUUUGAUUGGCUUUAGCUGCUGAAUUUGCUUUUUGAUGGCUUCAAAACAUGAAUCUAAAUAUUGAUCACCUUGGUUUAUUGAACUUGUUUCGCUUUCUUUCUUUCCACUCCUUUCUUGUAUGGUCAAGGAACAAACAUACACCAAAAAAAGGGCAGGGAGUUGUUGAAAUGGCCUGUUAUUGGAAGUUGUCCAAAGGCUAUGAAUUCUUCAACAUAUACUCAAUUUGUUGCCUCUAAAAGGAUGGGUAUAUGUGAUCCAAUCCAUCAGAUUGGCAUGUGGGGAGAUUUCAAAGGUAGCAGUUUCCCAGAUACCUUGAUUCUUGAAGUCGAGAAUUGCCUAGAAAACGAGAUGCCUAUUAUGGAGAAAAGACUAGACACUGAGAUAGAGGAACCAUCACAAGUGACCGUUGGAACGUCUAACAGAUAUGAACCUGAAACAAGUAAACGUAACGAUAAGGUGCAUAGACGCCUUGCACAAAACCGUGAGGCUGCUCGUAAAAGUCGUUUACGAAAGAAGGCUUACGUCCAGCAGUUGGAAAAUAGUAAACUGAAGCUGCUUCAGUUGGAACAAGAACUAGAACGUAAUAGACAAAAGGGUCUGUAUGUAGGUGAUGGUUUAGAUGCUAGUCAGAUAGGUUGCUCUGGAACCGCAAAUUCAGGAAUAGCUUCUUUUGAAAUGGAGUACGGCCAUUGGGUGGAAGAGCAAGAUAGACAAACGGAUGAUUUAAGGAAUGCUCUGAACUCCCAAAUUGGUGAAAUUGAAUUGCGCAUUCUUGUCGAGGGUUGCUUGAAUCACUAUUUUGAUCUCUUUCGCUUGAAAGCUACAGCCGCAAAUGCCGAUGUUCUCUACCUUAUGUCUGGCACAUGGAAAACAUCAGCUGAACGCUUCUUCUUGUGGAUUGCAGGGUUUCGCCCCUCCGAACUUCUAAAGGUUCUCACGCCACAUGUGGAACCACUGACAGAACAACAAGUCCAGGAGGUUUGCAACCUCACCCAGUCUUGUCAGCAGGCAGAAGAUGCAUUGUCCCAAGGAAUGGUAAAACUCCAUCAGAUUCUUGCUGAGGCUGUUGCAGCUGGUACACUAGGUGAAGGAAUUAUUCUUCCACAGAUGGCCGCUACCAUUGAGAAGUUGGAAGCUCUAGUUAGAUUUGUAAAUCAGGCAGAUCAUCUUCGCCAGGAAACCCUUCUACAGAUGUCCUGUAUACUGAGUUCACACCAAUCAGCUCAGGGUCUCCUUGCCUUGGGAGAGUACUUUAAACGUCUUCGUGCUCUAAGUUCACUUUGGGCUGGUCGUCUUUCUGAACCUUCUUAAAGAAAUAAGAAAGAACCGUUAUAUAUGCUACCUGGGGUUUUCAACUUUGCCAUGUGGGCUAAAAUCUGCCUCUUGUUGCCAGUAAAGCUAUGAAUAUGGAUAUGGAACAUAAUAUCAGCUGGCGCCCAUUAAGAUACUGCUUUGUCCCUGAUUGAAAUCUGUAUAUAAGUUCUACUAUGCUGUAAUUUUGAACUUUAUAAUUGCAUUUCUUUUCUUUUUUCACAUUGGUUUUGAAGAUUGUAAAUCAAUAUGGUAGAGGUUAUUGCCAGAGUCUCCUGAUGAAAGUUACUCCCAAGUUGUGCCUCUCUGUAUUUAAUUGCCAAGCAAUUUUGAAUGCUUUGCAGAUGAACUGCUAUAAAUGAAAGAAAGCAAUGAUGGCAUGAGCCAACAAUUUUGUUGUGGCUACAUUAUGAAUUA